GGGAGGGAGAGAGGGCGGGGGUAGGGGCAGGCGCGGGGAGAGGGGAGUAUAACUCAGCGGCCGCGAGGCGCAGGGGCAGUUUUGGGCGCCCAGGUCUGCAGCCAGCGCCUAGAGGAGCCCAGCAAACCCUUAAUCUGACGGCGGAGCCAGAGGAGGAGCGCAUAGUUCCGGCAAGGAGCACAGAGCUGGGAGUGGUGGCGGGAGAGCGCAACUUUGCACUGCCCUUCCCAGCUCCUGCGCUCACCCAGCACUUCUUAAAGAGGGUCCUGGCAGACGGCACCUGUGAGUGCGCUACGGAAGAGCGCCCGGGCGGACCGGGAAGAUGAUGAUGAUGUCCCUGAACAGCAAGCAGGCGUUCAGCAUGCCGCACAGCGGCAGCCUGCACGUGGAACCCAAGUACUCGGCACUGCACAGCGCCUCGCCCGGCUCCUCCGCGCCCGCGGCACCCUCAGCUAGCUCCCCUAGCAGCUCGAGCAGUGCUGGCGGCGGUGGUGGCAGUGGCGGGGGCGGUGGAGGCCGUAGCAGCAGCUCCAGUAGCAGUGGCAGCAGCGGCAGCAGCGGCGGGGGCUCCGAGGCGAUGCGGAGAGCGUGUCUUCCAACCCCACCGAGCAAUAUAUUCGGCGGGCUGGAUGAGAGUCUGCUGGCCCGAGCCGAGGCUCUGGCGGCCGUGGACAUCGUCUCCCAGAGCAAGAGCCACCACCACCACCCGCCCCACCACAGCCCCUUCAAGCCGGACGCCACCUACCACACCAUGAACACCAUUCCGUGCACGUCGGCUGCCUCUUCUUCGUCGGUGCCCAUCUCGCACCCAUCCGCGCUGGCGGGCACGCACCAUCACCACCACCACCACCACCACCACCACCAUCAGCCGCAUCAGGCGCUUGAGGGCGAGCUGCUGGAGCACCUGAGUCCCGGGCUGGCCCUGGGUGCCAUGGCUGGCCCCGACGGCGCCGUAGUGUCCACGCCAACUCACGCGCCGCACAUGGCUACCAUGAACCCCAUGCACCAAGCAGCGCUCAGUAUGGCCCACGCGCAUGGGCUGCCCUCACACAUGGGCUGCAUGAGCGACGUGGACGCCGACCCCCGGGACCUGGAGGCAUUCGCGGAGCGCUUCAAGCAGCGACGCAUCAAGCUGGGGGUGACCCAGGCCGAUGUGGGCUCCGCGCUGGCCAACCUCAAGAUCCCUGGCGUGGGCUCCCUUAGCCAGAGCACCAUCUGCAGGUUCGAGUCCCUGACGUUGUCGCACAACAACAUGAUCGCGCUCAAACCCAUCCUGCAAGCGUGGCUCGAGGAAGCCGAGAAGUCCCACCGCGAGAAGCUCACCAAGCCCGAGCUCUUCAACGGCGCGGAGAAGAAGCGCAAGCGCACCUCUAUCGCCGCGCCAGAGAAGCGUUCGCUGGAAGCCUACUUCGCCAUCCAGCCGAGGCCCUCCUCGGAGAAGAUCGCCGCCAUCGCGGAGAAGCUGGACCUUAAGAAAAAUGUGGUGCGCGUCUGGUUCUGCAACCAGAGGCAGAAACAGAAAAGAAUGAAAUAUUCUGCGGGCAUUUAGGAGACCCUCGGCCUCUCCAGGGACAGCCCCUCCUCAUCCCCUCUUUUCCCUCCCUCUCUCUUUCCUGCCUCUUUUCUUUCCACCUUUGGCUACCAGAAACAAUUCCAGUAAAUGUGAAUAAGGAGAGAGCGAGGAUUGGAGAGCGAGCGAACGAGCAAGCAAAUGAGCCCAAGCCCGGUGAGAAUGUGAAACCAUUUCUCAAAGGAGAGAAAAACAAAAGAAGGGAUUUGUCAAGUUGUAGCAAAGUUGUCCCUUUUAACCCCACCCCGUCCGGAAAAGGCACCUCGGCUUCUUCCCAAGAAGUCUGGAGCUGGCUGUUUGCAGAAAGGCAGACGAGACAGCCUUUUAAAAGGCCCCCAAAAUGAUCAAGUAAGAUUUGCUUUUAUUUCUAAAGACAUCACCCUUGUUCAAGUUUAAAAGUACACUUUGCAGCUAUUUUUCAGAAAUAGAAAUCGAUUCAGGACUGAAACUUUAAACUAGAGUUGAAGCUUAAUGUGAUAGAGACAUCUCUAAAGUAUUUUGAAUUAAAAAAAGAUGGCAGAUUUUCUGCAUUUACACUGUAUAUUAUAUAUAUAUUUUUAUUGUGGUUCUUACCCCCUUCUUCCUUCUCUGAAGUGUUAAUGCUUAAGAAAGGAGUCGCGCCUGCUGUGUUCACUGAUCUUGAAAGCUAUUAUUAGAUUAUUGCCGAACAACCCUCUGUAAAUUAUUAAUUUAUCUCUCUAGCAACUUAAUUUGUGCACAUUCUAAUUAAUUAAACUUCUUUAGUCUAACAAACGGGGGAAAUGUAUGGCUAGUGGAGUUAAACAAUUUUAUGUUUCAUGAGUUCACUGAAUUUUUAUGGCUUUCCUCUUAUACCGUGUUCCUUUGGCCCAUUUGUAUAUUCUCACUUUGAAUGAUGAUUGUUUUUUCUUUGUUUUUACUGGUAGUGUUCUGAUUUGUGAGUCGACACUCAGUAAUGGAUGUCUUAAUUGUGUAGACCUGAUUCACUGUCUAAAGUAUUGUUUACUUUGUUACAUAUUUAAUGGGGAUUCCCACAUUGUCCCCACUACACAUGCUCUCUCACUCACCCUUACACACACACACACACACACACACACACACACACACACACGCCUCUAAUGGAAGAGAAGAAGUGAAGCAGUUGGAAGCAUGACUAUGAUGCAUCAUUUUCUAGCUUUAGGUGCAUUUGCCACUUGGUGUUUGCCCUUCCAGAUGCUAAGAUUUCACCAAGGUAUUUCAAUCAUCUUGUUUUGAACUGCUUUAUUGACUACAUUUUAACAUUUACAAGAAUCCUUCAGUUUUUCCUUUUGGAGGUUUGUUUGUAGAAAAACUAAUCUGAACUAUAAGAAAGACAGUGCACUGCUUGUAAAUUCACAUUGUUUGGUAGAAUUCUUUUGGAACAAAAAAAAUUUAGGUACAUGGUGACUGGUACCUUAUCUAUUGUAAAUAUUCCAUUCAAAUGAUGCACAUAUAGAUAUAUUCUUACAAAUUUUGCUGUAUUGCUGUUCCAUUUGAGGCUCUUUGAAGUCUUGAGUUCUGUAUAUGAGCUGGUUUCUUGUUUUUUUUGUUAAUAGAUGGUUUAUUUACUAUGGUAAUGUAUUAAGUUAUUUUUGGUGUUGUUUGAUUGUCUUUCAUUGAAAAGAUGAUUUUAAUGUUUUAUUGGCAAAGUAUGCUGCUUUUUUCA